AUGGAGGAGGAGCAACUUCAUGAGGACCUGAAGGUCUUUAAAGGUAAGCUUCAGCCUCAAGGGCUGAAGUCCUUCAUCACCGUCUAUUUGCUGCUGGCCUUCUCCUUCCUCCUCAUCUUCACCCUCUUCGCUGUGUCACUCUCCAGAGUUUCAGCCCUCUCUUCGAAGCUCCAGGAGCUGCCCUCGGAGCAGAACCACAGCGUUUCGGGCAGGGAUUUCCUCUUGUUUCCCUGCGGACCCGGAUCCAGGGAAUGGGAAUACUUUGGUGGGAAAUGUUACUACUUCUCCCUCACCCGAAUGAGCUGGCACAAGGCGAAGGCUCAGUGCGAGGAGAUGCGCUCGCAACUCGCUGUCAUCGACAGCUACGCCAAGCAGAAUUUUGCCAUGUUCAGGACAAGGAAUGAGCGGUUCUGGAUCGGGCUCACGGAUCAGCACUCGGAAGGGGAUUGGGAAUGGGUGGACGGGACCGACUACAAAACCACCUUCACGUUUUGGAAGGAGGGAGAGCCCAAUAACAGCGGCAGCAAUGAGGAUUGUGCCCACCUCUGGGUGUCGGGGAAGUGGAACGAUGUCUACUGCACCUACGAGUGCUACUACAUCUGCGAGAAGCCUGUGCCCAAGUGA